AUGCUUGCAUCCCUCGAAGCGGCAAAGAACAAGCUCUCAGUCUACUACCGAUACACUGACAAAUUGGAUGGUAAUUUCUACGCCAUUGGCACCAUCCUUUCUCCACAGGAUAAACUUCAAUUCUUCUCAACCGCCGACGGGGACCCAGAGGAAGGUGGAAUUGAUUACCGAGCAAUUUAUCGCCAGAGCCUUGAGUCCUCUCUCGAGAAGUACUCAGAGAAUCUUGCCCAGGGGCAGCAGAUACUGGGUGCUCCUCUGGCGAGUACGGCAACAGAUGAAUUUGAUUUAGCCUGUAUUCGAGGGGAGUCGCAGCAAUCUCAGAUACCAGAGUCAAUGGAAACUGUUGUUAUCCUUUUAAUAGAUAACGACCAAUUUAUUGAUGAGUUCAAAGGCCUCGCCGGAGUAUGA